AUGUCCGCCAGACCCGUUCUCCGCAUACUUUGGCCGCGAUGCCCUGGAGCUCCCGUACGAUCUGGGCUGCAGAAUCAUUCCCCCUCACCAUGGCGCUCCUUUGCUUCGAGUUCUCUUCGCUGCGCCACUCCUAAGCAGCCAAAACGCGCCCCGCGAACAGUUGCGAAACCCACUACCCAACCCUCCGCGCAACCCACUGCGCAACCCGUGGCACCACCUUCGAAUCUCUCGACUGUCCGGUUUGGAAAUAUUGGAAAAUUGGCAAUUAAGGUUGCAAGAAAUGGAGAAGUACUAUUGUUCAAGGCACCUAAAAAGCGUGUCUAUAUCCUGAGUGCAUAUGGCCUAGCCGUGGGCUGUGUCCUUUUUGCUGUCUGGCACUCGGAAAAUUACAUCGCAAACCCCGAGCUGUCGCAACCCACUUGGGUGAAAGCUCUCAUGGCGGGUGUCUGUGUGGUGACGACUGGUCUCGGCGUUGUUGCUCUGAGCAGGACACACAACAUCGUCCGCAACAUCACAGCUUUCCCUCACAAAGGUCAGAUGCACAUCCGCUUCCAGGUCCGGCGUCUGGUUCCCUUUCUGAGACCGCGCACGUUUGAGGUGUUGCCGUCGCAGGUCUCCUUCCGCCGUCGACUUAUCGUCUCACCGCAGGGCCUGGCGCGCUAUGAACGCGACAGCGCGAAGAUUGGAAGUGCAGAAACCCCACAGAAGAGCUUAUUCAAGGCACCGGCUGAGAUGAUGAGCCGUGGUAUAUGGGGCGUUUUCAUGUCCGUACGUCAAUUAUUGACCCAAGAGGACUUUAUUCUUUUGGAGAUUGAUGGCAAAGGCAUUUUCCGAGUGGACUGCAAUGGCGUUGUAACCGAAGAUUUUCUGGCUCUCGGCAACCCCGUGAAAUACAGCGAUUAUUAA